AUGACCACCGAUGAGUUUUUUUUAACACAUGAAUUAUUUGAAUAUCUUUUAAAAUGGCGCAUAGCACUCGUUAUUACCAUUAAAAACGGUCAACAUUUCACAAACUUCCAUUCGGGUAUCCGCGGAAGUUUCGAGUUACUGUUCGCCCCAGUCUUCUGGCCGCGGACUGAAACUUCAGUUACUGUUCGCCUAUCAUCGUUUUAUAUUAGGAUUAAAUAUUCUCUAAAACGUUUCAUUUGUCUGAAUCUGACAAUUGAGAUGAUCACUCCUAAUACACUUAUAACCGCCGAGGAAAAUAUUCCAAAACCAGAGGAAGGAAUUGAUUUUAAUCCAUCUCGAGUGAGAACCCAUCCUAUACUGGCCAAAGUUUUAGUUGGUAAAACCGAAUUUCCAGGUAUGAGAUGUGAUACCACCAAAGUAACAGCACCAGUAAUUACACACACCAAUCCAAAAUAUUGA